AUGGUCACUUUAGAAGAAUUGGAAAAUCAACAAGGAGAAGAUGUUAUAGAUCAAGAGAUUUUAAACUCCUCUACAUCAGAUAUAAUCAAUAGAACCAAACUAUUGGACAAUGACAUUAAAGUUAUGAGAUCAGAAUCACAACGAUUAACCCAUGAAAAAACAGUAAUGAUGGAAAGAAUAAAGGACAACCAAGAAAAAAUCAACAAUAAUAAACAAUUGCCAUACUUGGUGGGGAACGUGGUAGAGUUGUUAGAUUUGAAUGCAGAAAAGGAAGCCAGUGAACAAGGUGCCAAUAUUGAUAUUGAUGCAGCCAGAGCAGGAACAUCUGCUGUCAUUAAAACGUCAACAAGACAAACUAUAUUUUUACCAAUGAUUGGUUUGGUUGAUCCUAGUAAAUUGAAACCUAACGAUUUAAUUGGUGUUAAUAAGGAUUCCUAUCUUGUGUUGGAUACCUUGCCUUCCGAAUAUGAUUCCAGAGUCAAAGCAAUGGAAGUUGAUGAAAAACCAACCGAAGAUUAUUCAGAUAUUGGUGGAUUAGAUAAACAAAUUGAAGAAUUGAUUGAAGCUGUGGUGUUACCAAUGAAACAAGCUGAAAAAUUCCAAAACUUGGGAAUCAAACCACCAAAGGGGGCCUUAAUGUAUGGUCCUCCAGGUACCGGUAAGACUUUAUUAGCCAGAGCUUGUGCCGCCCAAUCGGGAGCCACUUUUUUGAAAUUGGCUGCUCCCCAAUUAGUUCAAAUGUUUAUUGGUGAUGGUGCCAAAUUGGUACGUGAUGCAUUCGCAUUGGCCAAAGAAAAAGCUCCUACGAUUAUAUUUAUUGAUGAAUUGGAUGCCAUUGGUACCAAGAGAUUCGACUCAGAUAAAAGUGGUGAUAGAGAAGUCCAAAGAACUAUGUUGGAAUUAUUGAAUCAAUUGGACGGGUUUGGAUCAGACGAUAGAGUGAAAGUUUUGGCUGCCACUAACAGAGUUGAUACAUUAGAUCCAGCCUUGUUGAGAUCUGGUAGAUUGGAUAGAAAAAUAGAAUUCCCAUUGCCAUCUGAAGAAGCCAGAGAAUCUGUUUUGAAAAUCCAUGCUAGAAAGUUGCACUGUGAUAACAAUUCUGUUAACUGGAGAGAAUUGGCCAGAUCCACAGAUGAGUUCAAUGGUGCUCAAUUAAAAGCUGUUACUGUAGAGGCCGGUAUGAUUGCAUUGAGAAAUGGUAAGUCUAUAAUCAAACACGAAGAUUUUGUAGAAGCUAUUGGUGAGGUUCAAGCUAGAAAAUCCAAAUCAGUUAAUUUCUAUGCUUAA